AUGGGAAAACCUCCAAAAGGCAUCCUCACAGAUCGGUGUAAAGCUAUAGGAAAGGCAGUCCAGGUUGCAUUUCCUGAGGUGCCUCACAGGUUAUGUAUUUGGCACAUAAUGCAAAAUGCAAGCAGAAACUUGGGCAAGUUAGCACAAUGGAAAGAAAUAGAUGUUGCUUUCCUAACAGUCGUGCACGACUCAUUGAACGUAGAAGAAUUUGAGGAAGCAUGGGCAACAAUGGUUACAACAUACAAUUUACACAGUAAAGAUUGGAUAAAUGACACGUACCUUAAUAGACGCAGUUGGGUGCCUGGCUAUUGGCGAAACUUAUUUUGGGCCGGAAUGUCAUUAACACAACGAAGUGAAGGAAUGAAUCGUUUUUUCAAAACGUAUGUGUCAUUAAACACUGGGUUGAUACAGUUCAUGCUUCAAUUCGAGACAACUCUUAGGGGGAAAGUAGAAGAGGAGAAGAAGUUAUAUCUUGAUCCGGCAACUAAACCGUAUACUUAUGACAAUACCCUUAUUGCGGAGGUAGUAUUCUGCAAGGCAUACACCAAUACAAAGUUGAAAGAGGUGAGGGACGAGAUAAUAGGUUUGGCGCACACGAAUCUUCUAAGUACAGGCCAAGACGGCACAAAAUUCUUAUAUGAUGCAGAGGAGAAGAUUGCAAGGCCUGUGAAUAAAGCAAAGAGGAGGACUUUCCAGGUUACAGUAGACAAAGAAAAAGGUGAGUUUACUUGCUCAUGUAGGCUUUUUGAGUUUCGGGGAAUUUUAUGCAGACACAUCAUCGGGGCAAUAAACAAUCAGGAUGUCAAAAAUAUACCUGACAAGUACAUUUUGAGUAGAUGGAGGAAGGACGUGGUUAGGGACUACGAGGGUAUCAAGGUUUCGUAUUACGACCCAAAUGAUUCAAGCCGGUUUAAAAACAGUAGGGAGGUGGAAAAACGGAACAGUUACAUUUCUACGUUGGCACUACACAACAGUGAGACACUCUCCAUAUUUAUGGAAGCAACUGAAAAAAUACGUGUGAGUCUUGAAGAUUCAAUUGGUAUUAGCAGGACUGCUGGAGAUAAUUUUAUGGAAUGGUGA